AAGUCAGAGAACAAGGCCAUGCAGCCAGGCCUGGAACUGUGCAGGUCUGGAGCAGAGAGUGGACAGCGAGGCUUAGGAGCAUCAGGUCUGAUUCUACUUGCUUUCUCACUGAUAAGUGUCGGACAAAUCGAACCUUAACGCCUUUCCCUGAACCCAGCCGGCUCACUGGCAGUACAGGUUGCUCCAGCUCAAAGGGCGUAACCUCCUGCAGCAACUCAGCAUUGAUUGGCUCUCGGGGCUUCCGGCGCUCCAAUCUCGCCCUUGGAUUGGCCAUACGACAUUCUUCUACUCACUGGGCCUGCGCGGGGCAGGGGGGCAAGGAAGGGGCUUCGGGGAAGAUGGCGGCCGCUUCUGCCGGUGUGGGCCGCCUCGAGGAAGAAGCGCUGCGACGGAAGGAACGGCUGAAGGCCCUUCGGGAGAAAACAGGUCGUAAGGAUAGGGAAGAUGGGGAGCCACAGACUAAGCAGCUCAGAGAAGAAGAGGAAGAAGAUGGGAAGCACAGGGGACUCAGGCUUCGGAACUAUGUUCCAGAGGAUGAAGACCUCAAGAAGAGGAGGGUCCCCCAGGCCAAACCAGUUGCAGUGGAAGAGAAGGUGAAGGAGCAGCUGGAGGCUGCCAAGCCGGAGCCUGUCAUUGAGGAAGUGGAUCUGGCCAACCUGGCACCCCGGAAACCUGAUUGGGAUCUCAAGAGAGAUGUAGCCAAGAAGCUGGAAAAGCUAGAAAAGCGGACGCAGAGAGCCAUCGCAGAGCUGAUCCGUGAACGACUAAAAGGCCAGGAAGACAACCUGGCCUCUGCAGUGGACGCCACCACUGGACAAGAGGCCUGUGACUCUGACUGAGGUGUUCUCCAUGUCCCAUCUGUCCAGCAUACAUCCUCUGGGAAGAUGCUCUUAGGCAAGGGUGGGAUUAGGCCAGCCAGCACUUCUGGGUCUUGAGAACUGAGCCAGCACAGUCGUGUCUCAACUCUACGGGGUAAGGAUAGCUGUUUCCCAGGGGCGCCCACCACCCUGAGAUCUGUACAUAUGUAUGUAUAUUGAGCUGUUUUUAACUUCUGGAAGUAAACUCCCAUGUAUUAAA